AUGGCGUCUGAGUGGUUACAUGUUGGCGACCAAGCACUCUCCGCCAGCGACCUGAACCGAUGCCAGAGCAGAGAAGGCAUGCAGGAGUACGCAAAAGGGUGGCUGCAGCGCCAAGCCAUGCAGGGAAAGCCGGUGGUUAAGUCUACAGCUGCCGGGGCGGUGACCUGCUACAUCUACUGCAGAAUGCACGCCAACUGCAAACAGGUGACCCGGCUGAACGUGGACCAUGGCAAUGGCAAUCAUGGUCUGCAGAUUCAUGUGAAAGGAGAACACGAGAACAAUCCCCGACUCAUCAGGGGACUGCCCGUAGGGCAAGUCCUGGAGGCGCGGCGCAGGGCCCAUCAGCCCCCCAUGCAGGCCCUCGCUGACAUCCUGGCCGAUCCCCCUGCUGCUGCUGGUGACGGUCAGGCGGCGGCGCCCCUCUACGGUGUCCUGCGGAAUGUUCGUCGAGGAUUCCUGCGAAGAAAUGUCGAUCCUGCUCGGCGCGGCAACACCAAUGCGGAAGUUGGAUGGCGGGAGUGGCUCCACGAAGCAGCCGGUCGUCCGGUCCAGGACGUGCUUCAGUUCCAGGUGCACGUUGUCGGACAACAAGAUCGUGCUCCUUUGUGCGUCCUCACAGCAGAUGCUUUUCUUCAGGCUGCCAAGCUCGUUCUCCGCGACCAUUCCUUCGCAGAUGCCUACGGCGUCUGCGACGCAAGCUUCAAGAUCAACAAAGCCAAUUGGGGGCUCUUCAUGCUGGGACUGAGCGCGAAACACUACACGGAUCGCCAAGUUUGGUCUUCCCAACUGCUUCCUCUGGGUUUCGCGUGGGUUCCGAAAGAAGAUGGCCACGGCUUCAAGUCGGUGUUGCAGCGCCUCAAGGAGUGGUACGGUGCCCGAGAUGUCGACCUCAACUUCGCGAUGCAAGAGGUUCAUUUCGACGACUCUGACUCGGGUCGCUUGGCCGUGGCAGCUGUUUUCCCACAGGUGAUGUUCAAAAGAUGCUUACGCCACCAACUUCAAGCAGUUCGCCGUCGCAGCGGAGACCUGAAGAAGUUCGUGGCUAGCAUGGUGGCUUUGACCGCGCACACUGUGAAUCGUUAUCUCUUCGACCUUCUUUGGCAGUCUGUGCUGACGCGGCUGGCGUCUGCGGAUGCGGAGUGGGAGGCUUACGUGAAGUCCCACGUUCUUGUGCGAACCGACGACAAUCUGUGGAGUGCCGAGUGGCACUGCGUGCCACGGCUGACCUCUUGGAAACCCGCCGAGCGCGGAGAGCAUCCCACAUCGCGACCCGGCUUCACCACGGCCACCCUGGGUCAGUCUGUGGAGAGUUGGUGGAGUGCCAUCAAAAGGGUUCUUCCUGUCAACGUGCAGUCGAUGAACUUGGUCAACGCCACGGCGAGCCUGGAGGGAGCAGUGCGUGCGACUUGGUUGGGCAAAGGUUGGGUCCAGGACGGUUCCGUACCUGCCAGCAACGAUCGCUUCCAGACCGUCCCAGGGUCAUUCAGCACCAAGUUGUUCACAGAAGGCUCUGUUGUCAGAUGCGUUUUCAAGGACGGGGAACUGCAAAGGAUCCCCCCUGUGCCGGCGUUCAUCAAGCACCGGUCCUAUCUCCGCAAGGAUUUUCCAAUCUUGGCUUUCGACAACGUCUGCAGAGCCUACCUGGUACCAGGUGCCGAGCCGGACCUGCCCCUGGAGCCAGCCAUGUUCGAGGCCAUGCUCGGCCUCAUCCGUGCGCAGUCCGUGGGCGAUGCUCAGGAAGCCCUGAAGGCUUUGGGCUGCUGGCUCACCGCGGAGAACCGGGUGAGCAUCGCUGCGUAUCGGUACACCUUCCAGCAGCUGAGCGUGGUGACCGUGCUCCGCAACGAUGACUUCGCGCCUGGGUCCUACAGAUGCACCUGCACCUGCCACGCAAGAGACGCCCAGUGUGUUCAUGAGGGCUUUUGCCGAGUGCUCGACGGGGACCCUGCGUUGCCCACCAACGACUUGCGCUGCUUCACGAAGAAGAAGACAGUCGUGCCAUUGCUUCCUACCACCAGACCGGGUCCCAUGGCGCGCAUGCCUUCUGCUUCAGCUUGGGUGACGCGGGACUCCGUGGAGGCUGCUGUGCGUCAAAACGCUCGUGGCCGUGCUGCCGCUUCGGUCUUGGACACGCCUCCGAAAAACCCGGGGAGCAAAGGUGCUGGCCGUAGAGCUAGCAGGACCAGCAUUGUGGGGAACGCGGAGAGCAACGAGGACCGCGAGGCCAUCUUGUGCAAGAUCGCGAAGUCUUUGCAGGAGCGCAAGUUCGCGGACAUGCGUUCCGCCCUGGUGGCCCUGGAGACCUUGGAGGUUUCGGCCGACGACCUCAAGCGCCACAACCUGGGCAAGCUUGUGAAGCAAGUCGCCGAAAAUACGGAGCUCUGCGUCCUCUUGCGCAUGAAAGCCCAGCGCAUCAAGACGGUGUGGGUGCAUUGUGUUCGGGAAGGUCGCUCCUGA